AUGGACACCCAGCAGGUGCUAUCACAUAUAGGGGUAGCACUGAAAGGCACUGCAGUGCUAAUCCUCCUCACAGCAUCUGGCCUCCUCUGGACCUACCGCAACCGCGCCUUCGGGUCCUCCUCCUCCCGAAACUCCUCCUGGAUCCCCGGCCCAAAGGGGAAAGCCCUAAGAGGCAACAUGCAAGAACUCCAAACAAACGGCGCCGCCAGCUGCAAAGCCUGGUACUCGUUGUAUGAACGGUACGGACCCGCGUACGAGCUCACAAUCCCCUUCUUCCGACUGCACGUCAUCAACCACCCCACCUACCUCGAGUAUAUCCAGAAACACAACAGCAGGAACUACAUCCGGGGCGCGUUCACGCGGAAUGUCUUCGGGGCGCUGCAUCGGUCUGGCGUGUUUGCGGUUGAUGGCGCGGAGUGGCAGGUCCAGCGGAAAGCGGCGACGAGGGCGUUUAGUAGGCGGAAUUUCGAAACGCAUAUUACGGCGUCUGUGCAUAGAUGGUUAGAUGUUUUGAUGGAGUUAUUGGGGAAUCUGGCGAGGGAGCAGAGGGAGUUUGAUUUCCAGGAACUGAUGGGGAGGUUCCUGUUUUGUCUUUUCUUGCAGAUUGCCUUCCAUGAGGAGAGGCUUGCGUUGGAUUUGCUGUCGGGGGAUCCGGCGAGCUUGGAGAAUAAGCCGGAUUAUAUUGGGGCUUUUGAUCAGGCUACUGUUUUGUUUGACCGACGAAGACGGGAUCCUCUCUGGAAGAUUACUGAAAGACUCUCUGGAGAGGACAAAGUCACUAAAAGGGCGGUGGAUCUCUUCUAUAGGAAGAUUGACGGACUGAUUAUGAAGAGGCUUGAGGCGAUGCGCAAUGGCUACAAGCCUAAUCCUGAUGCCGGAGUUGACCUGCUUGAUAUCUUCCUGCAGUCAACGACAGACGUCUACAAACUUGGCGGAAUGGUGUUCUCCUUCCUAUCAGCCGGACGCGAUACAACAGCAUACAGCACCUCCUGGCUCAUGAAAGAAAUCCACCACGUCGACAACCGCCAUCUCGACGCCGUGAACAGAAUCCGCACUGAGGCAGACGAACUCGGUUUCUCUUCUGACUAUCUUGGCUACGGAGACGCUCCUAAAAUGCGCUUCGCAAACGCAAUGUGGGACGAGUCUGCCCGGCUCAACACCGUCUCCCCAGCAGGACAGAUGGAAGCAGCAGCGGACGAUAUCCUCCCCGCCGUGCCAGAGCUGAAUAUGCCCCCUCGACGGGUGAAAAGGGGCGAUAUCGUCAGCUACCAGAACUAUGUUCUUGCGCGCAUGCCCGGGGUAUGGGGGGAAGAUGCUGCCGUGUUUAACCCAAACCGGUGGUUCAAGGAGAAUGGGGAGAGUAUUUCCUAUAGUCCAUUCAAAUAUCAUUCGUGGAAUGCGGGCCCGCGCAGCUGUCUGGGGCGUGCUCUUGCUACGUACGAGGGCGUCACCAUCACCACUGCCGUUCUUCAGAGGUUUGAUGUUAUCCUGGCUGAUGAUAGCAAGGUGUAUGAACCGCUUGCCGCUAUGAAUAUGGGCAUUCGGGGUGGUCUUCCCAUGAGAGUUAGGGAGAGGGUUCCGAAGGCGUAG